CUUGUUACUACCAUACGACCCGCGGAACACGUGAGAAACCCGCUGACUGCCGCGCGGUGCGGUCUCUCCUCAUUCGCAGAGCCGGUCGCGACGCGUACCAUGUGGCCGCGCAUCGUGAGAAUAAGUUAAACGCUCCGACGACCGAUAACGUACAAUACUAAUAUAUUAUUAUAAUAUUGUUAUUAAUACGUCUCGGCGACAAAUCACGUUACGAUGUAAAAUACGAUAAUAUUACGAUAUUAUAUAGUAUACGUUUUUAUUUCGUUACCGUUCAAAACGACGACGACCCGACGACACCGACAAGCGGCAUCGAUCACGACGCGUAUCCGUCCGACCCGGCUCGUGUCCGUCUGCUGUUCCGCCCAGCCGGCCAGUGUCGAACCUACCCCGCGGGCAUGAUCGCCCGUUGAACCGGCACGUCCGAAUGUCGGCGCGAUCGCCCACAAACGCCGUGUAGCCGACUACGCACGACACAGAAUUAUCAAUUGUACACACAAUUUAUUUUCCCCAGAAUCACACGACGAGUUAUGGGAAAGAAUUGGCAAAUUACAAUAUGUGUCUACUCUACUGCCAUUAAAUGUCAAUGUUCUUUUUUCGUUUGCACAACCUUCGCCGUGAGGAGGAAAUAAAAAAACGCCGGAAACGAGGCAUGAGGCACAGGCAUCAGCUAACACUGGCCCCCAGCCGGUUGUUUGAGAAACCACCACUAACACCAUCUGAUAGCCUAGACGCGGUUGCCUUGCAAAUUCCCAGGGUACGAGUGGAAUAUUACGUUAACGAAAAUACAUUCAAAGAACGUUUACAAAUAUAUUUUAUUAAAAACCAACGCUCAAGUCUUCGUAUUCGUAUCGCAAAUUUAUUUUUCAAACUACUAACAUGUGUUUUAUACAUCGUCCGCGUCGUACUCGAUCAAGAUCCCACGUCCGCGACUUGUUAUGGAUGCAAAAUGGGAAACAAAACCGAAUUCCUAUGGAGCCGAAAUUUGACGGACGAGGCUUUCCAAGCGAGACCUAUAAUCAAUUGGGAUGCGAUCCAGUGGGUAAAACGACCGUUAGAGCUGUGGGUGAUACAGUGCGGACUGGCGAUUUUCGCACUCUGCGAAUCACUACUUCUCACGUACAUAGGUUACAAGGGAAAUGUAAUGCAACAACUACUAUCAUUCCACUUCCUUUUAGAGUUGAUUACAACUGUACCAUUUAUUUUCACAAUUUUCCAACCAACGUUGAUCAACCUUUUCAUACCAGUUUUUCUAAACUGUUGGUUGGCGAAAAAAUCCUUAGAAAAUAUGUUUAACGAUCUUCACCGAGCUAUGCAAAAAUCUCAAUCAGCACUGUCUCAACAAUUAAUGAUACUUUCAGCCACACUUCUCUGUUUAGUAUUUACUAGUGUAUGUGGUAUACAGCAUUUCCAAAGAGCUGGACAUCGGCAUCUGAGCCUCUUUCAAGCUACUUAUUAUGUAGUAGUCACAUUCUCUACGGUCGGGUACGGUGACUUCGUGCCAGACAUUUGGCCUUCCCAGCUCUAUAUGGUUGUUAUGAUAUGCAUAGCACUCAUCGUUCUUCCAACACAAUUUGAACAGUUAGCGUUUACAUGGAUGGAAAGACAGAAACUUGGCGGUUCUUAUUCAUCUCAUAGAGCACAUUCUGAAAAACAUGUAGUCGUCUGUAGUACAACGCUUCAAGCUGACACAAUUAUGGAUUUUCUUAAUGAAUUUUACGCACAUCCAUUACUUCAAGACUAUUUUGUGGUCCUAUUAUCACCAAUGGAACUGGAUACCACAAUGAGAAUGAUUCUCCAAGUACCUAUUUGGGCACAAAGGGUGAUUUAUAUUCAAGGGUCGUGUUUAAAAGAUGGAGAUCUGUCCAGAGCUAGAAUGAGUGAUGCUAAAGCUUGUUUCGUUUUGGCUGCUAGAAAUUAUGCUGACAAAACUGCUGCAGAUGAACACACGAUUCUACGUUCGUGGGCCGUCAAAGACUACGCUCCAACUGUUCCCCAAUACGUUCAAAUAUUUCGGCCAGAAAAUAAAUUACACGUGAAAUUUGCUGAGUUUGUUGUAUGUGAAGAUGAGCUUAAAUAUGCUCUUCUCGCUAAUAACUGCACAUGCCCUGGAGCUUCAACAUUAGUUACACUUCUGCUGCAUACAAGUAGAGGACAGGAAGGCCAGACUUCGCCUGAAGAAUGGCAUAGACUGUAUGGUAGAUGUUCAGGAAAUGAAAUCUACCACAUUCUUUUAGGAGAUAGUCGAUUUUUUGGUGAAUACGAAGGCAAAAGUUUCACAUAUGCAAGUUUUCAUUCACAUCGAAAAUUCGGUGUAUCACUAGUGGGAGUGCGGCCUGCCGAUUUACCAGAAUUUUACGAAGACACAAUUCUUUUAAAUCCUGGGCCAAGGCAUAUAAUGAAAAAAUCCGAUAUAUGUUAUUACAUUAGCGUUAAUAAGGAAGAAAAUUCAUCAUUUGUUGUUUCAAAUAAUGGUUCAGCACCCUCAAAACAUCUCGAUAGUAUGUUAAAUAAUGAUAAGCCCACAGAAGUUCAAAAAACAAUUAGAGAAAGUUAUACGUUCCAAAACAAACAAACAGAAGAACCGACAAUCGUAGGUAAUCAUUUGAAUAUCCCUAAGCCAAUGGAUAUGAACCCGAAUUUAUUGAGCCCUGAAAUACUAGGUCAAAGAAGAGGUAGUCGCCGUCCAAGUAUAUUACCAGUGGCUGAAAAUAUAACAGGUUCGUCAUUAAACAUAUCUGUACCUCAGCCAGAAGAAGAUGGAGAUGAAAGCGAAGAUGAGCUAGAAGACGAGGUUCCAUGGAGAUCGCCGAGUGAAAAAAUAGCAUUCCGCGUUACAGCGGAUGGUGAGGAAGACGUUUACACACAGCCUGUUUGGCAUGCUGAGUGGACCAGAAUAGUCAAAGGAUUUCCACCAGUGUCACCGUACAUAGGUGUCAGUCCCACAUUGUGUUAUUUAUUAAAGGAAAAAAAACCACUGUGUUGUCUACAGCUCGCUCAGGUAUGUGAGCAUUGUGCUUACCGAAACGCCAAUGACUACAAUUGGCAAAAUAAAACCAUAAUUUUAGCUGCCGAUUACGCAUCAAAUGGAAUUUACAAUUUCAUCAUACCACUAAGGGCACACUUUCAUCCGAAAACGUCCUUAAAUCCGAUCAUCAUACUAUUAGAACGACGUCCGGAUAUUGCGUUUCUAGACGCAAUUUCAUAUUUUCCCCUUGUUUACUGGAUGUUGGGAUCCAUAGACUGUUUGGAUGAUCUCUUGAGAGCAGGAAUAUUAUUAGCAGAAAACGUAGUAGUAGUAAAUAAAGAACUAUCAAAUUCAGCUGAAGAGGAAACAUUAGCAGACUGUAAUACCAUUGUAGCAGUCCAAACAAUGUUUAAGUUCUUUCCCAACAUUCGUAGUAUAACUGAAUUGUCUCAGUCGUCCAAUAUGAGAUUCAUGCAAUUCAGAGCACAAGACACCUAUGCGCUGCACUUAUCGAAAAUGGAAAAACAUGAAAAGGAAAGAGGCUCACAUAUAUCGUAUAUGUUUCGACUACCAUUUGCGGCUGGUUCAGUAUUCAGUGCUAGCAUGUUAGAUACAUUGUUAUAUCAAGCAUUUGUAAAAGACUAUGUUAUCACUUUUGUAAGACUACUGUUGGGUGUAGAUCAAGCUCCAGGUUCUGGUUUCCUAACUUCAAUGAAAAUUACAAAAGAUGAUAUGUGGAUACGAACUUACGGUCGUCUUUACCAAAAACUUUGUUCUACUACUUGCGAGAUACCUUUAGGCAUUUACAGAACUCAAGAUUUAUCGAACAUAGAAUCACCACCGGAUGCAUGUGGUACAGACUGCGAUAAAAUAUCUGAGGGUUCGGAUCAUGAAGCUUACAUGCCCAUUCCGACUAACUGUCUGCCUAAUUGCCACAGGAAUCAAAAUUCUGUAUUUUCAAUUAACAUGCACGAUGAUGCCCGCGAUAACCAUGACAAUUUGAUCGAGCGAGCGGAAAUAGUCAACUUGGUCAGAUCCCGAAUGGACAGUUUGAAUUUACCCGCCGUCGAUCACGAAGAAGUCAGCGAGAAACGGAGCAGUCUAUCAUACGUCAUCAUCAACCCUAGUUGUGACCUCAAACUCGAAGAGGGUGAUAUUGUAUAUAUUCUACGACCAAGCCCAUUUUCGGCUCAAAAAACGUUCGAACGGCACAACAGUCGUCGAAAAUCUAACAUAAGUUUCAACUCGACAAUCGGACAACUGGGCUUCGGUUCGAGGAGAGGGUCGAGCAUGGCGUUCCCUCCGUUCAUGACCAGGCCGCCACCGUUAGUCACCACUAAAGCAAAUAGCUUGUCAUUACCGGACAGUCCGACUGUGGGCAGCGCACUCCGAGCUCGGUCCAACUCUCUACGUGUUGUCGACGACAUACUGUUGAGACGGUCCAAUUCGCUUAGACAGGGACUUUCCAUGUGUAACCGGAAGAGCAGCCUCGAAGAGUUAGGAGUAUCGCAUUUUCCUAUCGGGUCAAUUGCUCACGAACGUAGACCCAGCAUGCAAGUAAGCCUAAGUGCUCGAUCAAUGAGAAAUAUCGUCACUGCGCGAAGGCGGUCUGAGCUGCACCCGAGCGAGAUGAGUGGCAGCGCCAUAAAGAUCGCGCUGAACGGCAGCAUCGGGCUGGAGGUGACUCCGCCCGAAGAGGUGUCCUCGCCCGGCAUGUCCAGCAACACGAGCAUGGUGACGGUCCCGUCACUGCACCAUCCGCCGUUGGCGUCGCCGGUCAUGUCGCCGCACUCGUCGCACGAACACUUGCAGGGCACGAUUGUAUGAUACAACUUGAUGUGGGGCAAACGGAAGAGCAACAACGCUCGCAACAAGUGGCUGUGAACGCACGUCACUCACGUUCUUCUCGAUUGCUUCCACAUCUGUCCACCGAUAUUAUAUAUUAUAUUUAUUUUUAUUUUUUUUUAUUUAUAUACCUAAAUAAUUGUUUAUAUAAUAUAAUAAUAUAAAACAUGUCAUCACACGCGCGCGCUACAACGACGAACGACAAAUUAAUAUUAUCGUUUGCUAUAUUUUAUGAUACACUCUCACACACACACACACAAACACACACAACACACACACACACUUUAUUGCAUCAGAAUUGAAAAUGCAGCUAAACCGAACCGACUCCACACGACUUUUUCCGCGAUAAUUAAUUUUAAUUUCGGGGCAUUGAGAGAUCGAAUUUAAUAUUUUCGUCAACUUUGAAAUCAAAAUACCGUACAAAAUACGUAAAUAAAGACAAUAAAAAUAUCAUGUGAAUAUAUCAACACGAUUUUUCGACUUUUCAUCAAGAAAAAUGUUACGAAAUGUGUUAUGUAUUCCUAAUAUUCAACAAUCCGUGCCGAGUAAAACCCUGGCUUAAUACUUCGCGGGUAGGUAACUCUACAAUCUACAUCUGCACACACAGACACUUACGUCUUGCACUCGAAAUGCGUAAACAGUUGCAUAUUGCAAUAUUUUACUAUUAUGUGUAUAUAUAUACAUUGUAUUUGUAUUUAUAUAUAUAUAUAUAUAUGUAAGGAAAAUGAAAAAUCAACAUAUCUGUAACAAAAUAUUAUCACAUCCUUACGUUCAACGUCAUCUUUGCAUUCACCGUUAUUACAUAAAUAUAUAUAUAUAUUUAUUUGUACGUGAAGUUUGCGAACGUGGUCGAUAUUUUUCUUUUCUACUAAGUACGGCAUCGGCACGAGAGAAAUCAAAAUGAUUAUGUGCCAAAAUAAAUGUGCACAUAAAUACUAUAAUAUAUAUAUUAUGAUAUGAUGUGUGUGUAUAAUAAUGAUACUAUAUAUGUUUGUGAAAUCCAAAAGAAUAAUAAAUUUAAUUCGAUUAGGUAGGGAACUUAUGGAACUUAUAGGGUAAAGAGUAAACUGGUAGAUAGGUACAUACGACGCGUCGGUUGGCGGCGAAACGGUUUUUCUUUCAUUUGUGAGAUGACUUUUAUUACCAACGAACAGGGUUUCAUACGAUUUUGAUAUCGAGCGAAAUUGUCCGUGACCACACAGGAGUAACUGCACCGUGCGAUGUGUACAUAUUUCUUUUAAUAAAUGGUUCUACGAUUCGCUUUUACUUCUUUUUUUUUAAGCCCAUCACGUUAUUCUAAAAAAAACCAAACCUUUCCCAGCCACUUGUUCCAGCAUUACUAUAUAAACAUAAUAUAUACCUACCAUAAAAACACAUAUCAAUCAAAUAUUUCGAUAUUUGAUAAAUUUCAAACAAUUAUAGUUGUCGACGACAUGAUUUAUCUAUAAUGUACGAUUAUUUUCAUUUCGUUUUCUUUUUUUUAUAUUUUAUUAUUCACUGAACAACAACCAUAUCAUUAUUGAUGUCAUACACUGUGUUUAUUUUGCAUUAUAAUAUUAUCUGUGUUGGUAAAUAUCUCUUAUUGUAACUACACUUAAUUUUAACUCAAGUUGCAUUACAACGAUGUACACGACUCAAAAAAAAACAUAAUAUCUUAUUGAUUCUGAUUUCCCAAUUUCUAUUACAAUUAACAAAACUGAUCGACAUUUAUUUACUUAUAUAUUUGUAAUUUAUACAUUAUUUAUUUGUUGUUUUGCUGAGUCGAGUAUAAAUAAUUUAAAUAUAAAAUUGUUACAAUAAAAAAAAAAACAUUUCUAGAAAACAUAUCUACUAAAAACGAGGUAAAUAUUUUUUCCCGCAGACUUUUUUCUGUUCCUGCUUUGAAUACAACAAUAAACAUACGGGUGUCGGGAAUACUCCGAAAUAAGAUUAAAAUACAAUGUUUUAUAACUAUUAUUAUUCGUGUAUUUCAAAAUCCGUACACACUAUGCAUACAGUUGAUGAAUUAAAUUGCUACCUAUCUGUGUUAUGAGUUCAUAGUGUUCGUACAAUUUUUUCUUUUGUAUAAAUUCAAUGGUGAAAUUAGAAUUUUAAACAUUGUCUUAGAUGAUGAAACGAUAAUAAUAUUAACUAUUGUAAAUUUAUUUUACAUUAAUGAUUAAUACGUAUUAUUUAAAACAAUAUAAACUCAAACUUUUAAACAAACAAAAGGUUUAAUUGUUAACGUAGAAUGUAUACUAAAGACAGAUGCAUAUUAAAAUAAUAUAGGUGGGUACGCGGUGUUCGUUAUAAUAACCUAAAAAUAAAAAAUAAUUAAAACUUGUUGUCGCUCUAUAUUAUGUUACUUGUUAUGUUAUAAGUUAUUAUUAUAUACAUAUUUUCUUACUUGCACGCUUUAUUGUAUUAUUAUAGUUAUGUUUGUAGAUCGUGACUAAAUUUUAUGUUCUUGUUGACGCCCAUAAAAAUGUAUACCUAAUGUUGUAAAUCGCACGUUUUUGUGUCAUUGAUGAACACGCGAACCUGGGACCAUUUGAUUUAUCAAUACACGAUUGAUUUGAAUGUUACAGUAUGAUAGUUUAAGAUGAAAGAAAACGUUAAAAAUACCAAUAAGUAUAUCUUGAUAUCGUUCGGUUAACUCAAAGUAAAAAAUUAACUAAAAAUGUAGACAUUUUAUAUAGGACAUCGCCGUGGUGAUAAAAUUUGUCUAGACUUUAGUUCCUAUAUAUUUAUGAUUCUAUUUAUAUAAAAAUGUAUGCAAAUCAUACAAAGUAGAUUUGAUCGAUAAAUGUAUGUACAUGUAUAUUUAUAUUAUAAACCGUAGACUAUUUGACGUAUUAUUAAAUGUAUUAAUGUGAUAGCAUUAUUUUCUUAUACUACGAGUACAAUAUCACACGCUGACAUUUUGGUACAUGCGAUAUUGUUCAACUGUGGGAACAAUGAUAAAUAAUAGAGACUAAAUAUCUUACUCUCGAACCCUUGUAUCUUUUGUAUUGAUAUAACUAAAAGCCUUAUUAGCAUAAAGUUAUCUUUAUUGAAUAAUUAUUAUAUGAAAUAAAAAUUUAAAAAUGAAUUCAAACAA